CGUUCCCCAAUUCGAAAUCGAGUCGGGUACUCGGGUCGGUCUUGCCGUGCGUGCGUGGCUGCGCGAACCAGCCCACGCUCCCACUCCCCGCCCGCCACCGCCGGGUCCCUCUAGGGUUUUGCCGCGAUGUCGCUCCGGCCGAGCGAGCGGGAGCAGAUGCGGAAGGGCAACUACAAGCAGACGGUGGACGCCGAGGAGAGCCGCCGCCGCCGCGAGGGCCAGAUGGUCGACAUCCGCAAGGCCAAGCGAGAGGAAAGCCUCCAGAAGAAGCGCCGCGAUGGGUUCCCCGCCGCCGGCGCCGUGCCGCCGAUGGGCCACUCCACCGCACUCCAGCAGAAGCUCGAUGGCUUGCCGGCGAUGGUACAGGCCGUUCACUCCAACGACCCCACUGUGCAGCUUGAGGCCACCACGCAGUUCAGGAAGCUGCUCUCCAUAGAGCGUAGUCCCCCAAUUGAAGAGGUGAUCAGCACAGGAGUCGUGCCCCGAUUCAUUGAGUUCCUUACACGUGAGGACCAUCCACAACUCCAGUUUGAGGCUGCAUGGGCGCUCACCAACAUUGCAUCAGGCACAUCAGAGAACACUAAGGUGGUGGUUGAGAGUGGUGCUGUGCCCAUCUUUGUUAAGCUCCUCAACUCCAAUAGCGAGGAUGUUCGUGAACAGGCUGUAUGGGCUUUAGGUAAUGUUGCUGGUGACUCCCCAAAGUGCCGUGAUCUGGUGCUAGGCCAUGGUGGGCUAUUCCCCUUGCUGCAACAGCUUAAUGAGCAUGCUAAGCUCUCGAUGCUGAGGAAUGCCACAUGGACACUAUCAAACUUCUGCCGUGGGAAGCCACAACCGAACUUUGAUCAGGUCAAACCAGCAUUGCCAGCACUUCAGCAACUUAUCCACUCUCAGGAUGAGGAGGUCCUAACUGAUGCCUGUUGGGCUCUAUCAUACCUAUCUGAUGGGACUAAUGACAAAAUCCAAGCUGUUAUUGAAUCUGGCGUGUUCCCUCGCCUUGUGGAACUUCUGAUGCAUCCUUCAGCCUCUGUACUGAUUCCAGCUCUGCGCACGGUGGGUAACAUCGUAACUGGGGACGACAUGCAGACUCAGUGUGUCAUUGACAAUCAAGCACUUCCAUGCCUUUUGAACCUACUGACCACCAACCACAAGAAAAGCAUCAAGAAAGAAGCAUGCUGGACAAUCUCAAACAUCACAGCUGGUAACAGGGAACAGAUUCAGGCCGUGAUUAAUGCAAACAUAAUUGCACCUCUGGUGCAACUUCUGCAAACUGCUGAAUUUGACAUCAAGAAAGAAGCAGCCUGGGCAAUUUCAAAUGCCACUUCUGGUGGCACACAUGAUCAGAUCAAGUACCUUGUUGCCCAGGGUUGCAUUAAGCCACUCUGUGAUCUGCUUGUUUGCCCGGAUCCCAGAAUUGUAACAGUUUGCUUGGAGGGUCUUGAGAACAUCCUGAAAGUUGGCGAGGCAGAGAAAAAUCUUGGUGCAGGCGAUGUCAAUGUUUACGCACAGAUGAUUGAUGAUGCUGAGGGCCUGGACAAGAUUGAGAACCUACAGAGCCAUGACAACACUGAGAUAUAUGAGAAGGCUGUCAAGAUGCUCGAAUCUUACUGGCUAGAGGAGGAAGAUGAUGCCAUGCCCUCUGGCGACAAUCCCCAGAAUGGCUUCAACUUUGGGAACCAGCCCUCUGUUCCAUCAGGUGGAUUCAACUUCGGCUGAAGAUGCCCAUUUGGAAUGGCGGCUGUGCCAUUGUGCCUUGGCCUAGUGGUUGGGGCUAGUCAGAGUUGGGGUAGUGGCGUCGUCCUCCAAAACCUUGGUUCGGUCCCAUUGGUCUGGUCUCAGGUGUUUGUCAUGUCAGUCCCAGUCAGCAGGGUCAGUCCUUGUGCUGCAUCACCAGUGGUGCUGCAUGGAAGUGGUCAGUCUUCAAGGUCAGCCGGUUGGAUCAUUUGGGCUCUUGCUCCCACCGCCUCUGGUGGUAGGCAUGAAGUCGCAGGUGUUGUCGGGAGUUGGGUUUUGCCUCCAAUAUAGCAUGAAUGAAUUAUAUUGUUUUACCUAUUUGAUGAGGUAGAAGAAAAGAACCUUGGAAGAUAGGGAAUGUGUUGGUUUUUGUCAAAGCGGUUCCUGUCCUGUAUGACAUGUUGCAUGAGUAUUGACACAAAUUAUAAGACAUAAUGGCAAAUAGGUUUUUGGGAGUCUCUUGAGUCUCGAGUCUUAACUCAUUGGCUCAUUGUAGGUUUGUGGUUCGUUAUGUCAUCUUCUCUGUUGUAGUCACUUGUGCUUCCUCAAACGUGGUUUUGGCACCAUUGUCUCAAAGUCGUUCCAAGCUUAUCUAGAGCAGUAGAAGACGAGGGUUGUUUGCGGCAUUUGAGGUUAUGGUUCCUAGUUUUUUUUUGUGGAACCUGAUUUAUCGUUGUAUGAUCAUGACAAACAAUUGGUAGUAAGGAAAUCAAAAAGGGGAAAUCCGUACAUGUUUGCUCUGUUUCAUCUGUAUCUUGCAUGUUAAAUAUUUAAAUAUAAAAAGCAUUGAGUC